UAAUACCCCAGGCGACCCUAAUCCAUUCAUUUCACAUAUGGUUUCUCCUCAACCAUUCCCUUCCCAGCAAAACAUAAAAUAUUCCCCAAUUUUAGAAAACGCUUGAUGCUAAAAUCAGACAAACACAUUGGAUUAACAUGGGCUCUAGAGUUCUUCUAACAACUACUCAUUUACCUUUCAAUCCUAUAGCAGAUAAAUCUCAAAAGUUUCCUCAAUCCUACACUCCCUGUUCAUCUCCACGAUUUCAGAUUCUAUGUUCGUUAUCAGGGACAAUUGGCAAUGAUGCUUCAGUGACUGGUGGUGCGUACGAUUAUAGUAAAGCAACAACUUCUCUUACACAGAAAUUAUUGUCAUCCCCGAAACAAGUGACUCUUGUAAGGCAUGGCUUAAGCUCUUGGAACGAUGAAAGUAGAGUUCAGGGAAGCUCAAACUUAUCAAUCUUAACAGAAACUGGAAUCAUACAAGCAGAAAGAUGCAAGAAAGCUUUGGCAGAUAUACAUUUUGACCAGUGUUUCUCCAGUCCAAUUUCUCGUGCCAAGUCGACUGCAGAAAUCUUGUGGGAGGGGAGGGAAGAGCCGUUGAUCUUUCUUGAUACAUUGAAGGAGGCACAUUUAUUCUAUCUUGAAGGCAUGAAAAAUGCAUUUGGAGUCAGAGGAUGCUAAGCGAAUAUAUCCAAAGGAGUACACAAUGUGGAGACAAGACCCCUCCAAUUUCAAUGUAAACGGUGUUUAUCCUGUUCGCCAACUAUGGGACACUGCAAAAAUUGCAUGGAAGGAAAUAUUGUUCACACCCGGAGAAAGUUUUCUUGUCGUGACGCAUAAAUCAAUAUUACGGGCGCUAAUAUGCACGGCUCUUGGACUAAGCCCCGAGAGGUUUCGGGCGGUUGAUGUGAAUAAUGGUGGGAUAACGGUGUUUAAGUUGAAUGUGGAAGGCGAACCCAUGCUUCAAUCUUUGAACAUGACGGCUCAUAUGUACACUGAUUACAAUUAUGUUUAUUGAACAUGAAGAUCUCUAUAUCACUUGUGCAUUUUUUAAAUUUCUUUUCAUCCCUUUUAACCUCUUAAGUUGUUUUUGUUAUGUAUUAUUAUUUAAGAUGGUAGUAAUUUUUGUUUUCUAUUUGAUAUGUUG